UCUUUACUCGUGAAUGUAUACGUAUUGUUUAGGCCUUUAGGAUCCAAAUUAAGUCCCGUUCACUGACAGUCUCUGCCGUGUCUACUCUGCCGCCGGUUGCCGCCGGUUGUCGCUGCUCGCACGUCUUCUCUUUUUCAGCUGAUUUAAGCCCAAAAUUGUAGCUUAUGUUUGGACUAAACUACAAAUUGGUUAAGGUGCUCCCAUCGACAAUACACUAUUGGAGAGCGAGUGCAGAGGUCUGAUAUUUCUCGUUCAAGUGUCGACUCAACGCCGAGAGAAGUCGCCUUUUUUGAUGUCGACAGCAACAUACCCACCACCGCCUCCGUUUUAUAGGCUGUACAAGGACUAUCUUCAAGACCCCAAGUCUGCUCCAGAACCUCCCCCUCCAAUUGAGGGCACCUAUGUCCUCUUUGGUAGCAACUACACUACUGAUGAUGUACUCCCAAAUUUGGAAGAGCAGGGUGUGCGUCAGUUAUACCCAAAAGGGCCUAAUGUUGAUUUCAAGAAAGAACUAAGAGCACUUAACAGAGAAUUGCAGCUACAUAUAUUGGAGCUUGCUGAUGUUCUUGUAGAGCGCCCUUCACAAUAUGCCAGGAGAGUGGAAGAGAUAUCUCUGAUAUUCAAGAACUUGCACCACCUACUCAAUUCUCUGCGUCCUCACCAGGCUCGAGCCACACUUAUCCACAUUCUAGAACUUCAGAUACAACGACGUAAACAAGCAAUAGAGGAUAUCAAGCGGAGAAGGGAAGAAGCUCAGAAGCUUCUAAAGGAGGCACUUGGUACCCUUGAGGGACAGUAGCAUGCUCUUUAAAUUUUACACUCACAGCUGGCUGAGUAAACUUGACAAUUAAAGCAGCAUAGAAAUCAUUCAAUCCCAAUGUGAAAUUUUCUUUAUUCACUUGCGUGAAAUUUAUACAGUGACAAUGCUUGAUAUGUCACAAUCCAGUGCGACGUUUCAGUCAUUGAGGCAAUACAGAUGUGUUUGUGUAUGGUUCGAUUAAGGCUGUGUAAAAAGAUUUAGGUGACCUAUCAAACAUGUAACUAUUCUGAUAUUAUGUUUAUUUCUUAAAAAGUAGUCUCAUCACUACUAUUGAACGUGA